GUGAAAGAAAGUAUGCUUCCCGACUUGAACUCAAAUGCAUCCGGAGGUGAUGAAUCACAGACGAAGAGAGAUGAUGGAAUUAACAAUAAAUCUAGCAGUGAAAAUUUAGAUAACAAUUCCAUCAACAAUCAAGAGUUGAAGAGAAAGCGCUACCAUCGCCACACUCCAGAACAAAUUCAACAAAUGGAAGCGUUUUUCAAGCAGCGCCCAAAUCCCAAUAACAACCAGAGAAAAGAGCUCAGCGAUAAACUGGGGCUAGAACCAUUACAAGUCAAAUUUUGAUUCCAAAACAAGCGAACACAA